AUGUCGACCCUCGAAGAGCUCGAUGAUCUCGACCGCCGGGAGAAGGAGGAGAAGAGAAGAGAGAACAAUGACAAGAAGGCUACUGUUGCCGACGAGGACGAUGAAAUGAAGGAUGCCGAGGACAAGGACGACAUCCUCGACGAGGAGAUCCUAAGCCUAAGCACACAAGACAUUCAGACUCGGAAGCGAUUACUUGAAAACGACUCUCGGAUCAUGAAGAGCGAGCUCUCGAGGUUAACGCACGAGAAGGCCGCCAUGGGUGAAAAGAUCAAGGAGAACAUGGACAAAAUCGCAAACAACAGGCACGUUUCCCCACGAGCUUUGCCAAACGACGAGCUGCUCGCUUGGUAUCCUACUGCUGAGUCUUCCGAAGAAGGAGCCAAUAUCGACCUCGACGCUACUAGAGUCGGCAAGUCUGCCGUCAUCAAGACCUCCACACGACAAACCAUCUUCUUGCCGCUGAUUGGCCUCGUUGAUUCCGACACUCUCAAGCCAGGUGACCUCAUCGGUGUCAAUAAGGACUCAUACCUGGUUUUGGACACGCUACCCGCUGAGUAUGACAGUCGAGUCAAGGCCAUGGAGGUGGACGAGAAGCCGACAGAACAGUACACCGACGUUGGAGGUCUGGAUAAGCAGAUUGAAGAGUUGGUGGAGGCUAUCGUAUGGCCUAUGAAGGAGGCGGACCGAUUCAAGAAGAUUGGUAUCAAGGCACCAAAAGGUGCUCUCAUGUACGGCCCCCCCGGUACCGGAAAGACUCUCAUGGCCAGAGCCUGCGCGGCUCAGACGGAGGCAACGUUCCUGAAGCUUGCAGGACCUCAGCUUGUGCAGAUGUUCAUAGGUGACGGAGCCAAGCUUGUACGAGACUGCUUUGCCCUAGCCAAGGAAAAGGCCCCGGCAAUCAUCUUCAUUGACGAACUCGACGCCGUUGGUACCAAGCGAUUCGACAGCGAGAAGAGCGGUGAUCGAGAAGUCCAGAGAACCAUGUUAGAGCUGCUCAACCAGCUUGAUGGUUUUGCCUCCGACGACCGUAUCAAGGUCUUGGCCGCCACCAACCGAGUCGAUGUCCUCGACCCUGCACUGCUACGAUCUGGACGUCUGGACCGCAAGAUUGAGUUCCCUCUGCCAAACGAAGAGGCCCGCGCACAGAUUCUCAAAAUCCACUCACGCAAAAUGAAGGUCAACCCCGGCGUCAACUGGGGUGAGCUUGCUCGAAGCACGGACGAGUUUGGUGGUGCCAUGUUGAAGGCAGUCUGCGUUGAGGCUGGUAUGAUUGCCCUGCGCUCAGGAAAGAACCAAAUCGGCCACGAGCACUACGUCGAUGCCAUCGCCGAAGUACAGGCCAAGAAGAAGGAUACUGUCAACUUUUACGCAUAA